AUGGCAAACAGGGGCUACGACGUGGUUGUCGACGUGGACGCCGAGGGCGACCUUGGACAUACCGACCUGCAAGAGGACCUUGAAUUCCACCCGUCCAAUUUCGAAAAUGACCAACGAAGCGCUAAAGCCCAAGCCGAUUCCCAACCCUUCCUCGGCGGUGGUAGUUCUUCGCGCGGCCGGGACCGAUCCCCUGGCGGCACACCCACCAAGCACAGCUGGUGGUCGAUCCACUACUACGAGCGAUUUUUCGACGUUGACACAAACGAGGUCCUGCGCCGUUGUGUAGCGACUCUCUACCCGCGCUCGAACUUCCUGGAUGUGCUGGAGGGUAAUGCGGACCUGUACGGGCCCGUGUGGAUUGCGACAACGGUUGUGGUUAUCCUGUUCUUGACAGGUACAAUCUCACAGUGGUUGGCAAACCGCCAUGCCGAGCACUUCGAGUAUGACUUCAAGUUGCUCUCUGGCGCGGCGGGUCUUAUCUACGGAUAUACUGGUAUUCUGCCUAUUGCGCUGUGGGGUGCUCUGCGCUGGUUCGGGAGCUCAACGGCCGAUUUGAUCGAGUGCUGGGCUUUGUAUGGAUACUCGAAUCUAGUUUGGAUUGGUGUUGCGCUUGUGAGCUGGAGUCCUUUGACUGCGCUUAACUGGGCGCUUGUUGGUGUUGGCUUUGCAUGGACAACCUUCUUCCUUCUGCGCAACCUCUACCCCGUCUUGAAUGCCACCGAUGCCAAGGCCAGCAAAAUUCUCUUGAUAUUGGUGGUUGUUUUGCAUGCAGCUUUGGCGAUUACGAUCAAGUUCCUUUUCUUCGCACACGCUAGCCCUGUUGAAGACAAGAAGGAUGAUUAG